ACAACAACAACAAUGUUAUUAUAACAACAAAUGAAUUAAAAUCACCAAUCAAAAAUCGUUCAAGAUCUAAUUCAACAAUGCUCACAUCAUCAUCAUCAACAACAUCAUCAUCAACAUGUUCAAUAUCAUCAUCAAUAGCACAACAACAACAACAACAACAACCUUCAAUCGAAAAUGAUAUUCAUUCAACAGGAAGUGGAAAUAGUAGUGGUGGUGGUGGUGGUGGUUUUACACGUUCUCGUGGUCUAGCAGCACGUGCACGUAAAGGUGCAUUAAAAAAGAAAACAAUAUUUGCCGUACAGGAUCAUAAAUUUCUUCCACGUUUUUUUAAACAGCCAACAUUUUGUUCACAUUGUAAAGAUUUUAUAUGGGGAUUUGGUAAACAAGGUUUCCAAUGUCAGAUUUGUUCAUAUGUUGUACAUAAACGUUGUCAUGAAUUUGUUGCAUUCAAAUGUCCCGGUGUUGAUAAAGGUCUUUUAAGUGGACAACAACAACAACAUCAACAACAACGACGAUCCGGUCAACAUCAUCAAGAUGGUGAUCGUACUAGACAUCAAUUUCAAGUACAUACAUAUACAUCACCAACAUUUUGUGAUCAUUGUGGAUCAUUAUUAUAUGGUCUUAUACAUCAAGGUUAUAAAUGUAAAGCAUGCGAUAUGAAUGUACAUAAAAAAUGUCAAGAUUUGGUACCAAAUCUAUGUGGCUGUGAUCAUACUGAACGUCGUGGUCGUAUACAAUUAAAAAUCUAUUCAAAUGAUGAACAGAAUAAAUUAUUUUGUGAAAUUAAACAAGCACGUAAUCUAAUACCAAUGGAUCCAAAUGGUUUAUCCGAUCCAUAUGUAAAAUGUAAACUAGUGCCUGAUAAUGGUCAUGGUGUUAAAAGAAAAACACGUACAAUAAAAUCAUCAUUAAAUCCUGAAUGGAAUGAAACACUUGUAUUUGAUCUUAAAUCAGAUGAUAAAGAUCGUCGUCUUUUAAUUGAAAUAUGGGAUUGGGAUCGUACAACACGUAAUGAUUUUAUGGGUGCAUUAUCAUUUGGUGUUUCAGAAUUAUUAAAAAAUCCGGCUGAUGGUUGGUUUAAAUUAUUAACACAAGAAGAAGGUGAAUAUUAUAAUGUACCUGUACCGGCUGCCGGUGAAGAUGUUCGUGUUUUAUUAGAUAUGCGUCUUAGAUCUGUUACAUCUAAUGUAACAUCAUGGCAAAAAAAUGAUAGUGAUUCUGGUUUAGGUGAUAAUUUAAGUUAUUGUUCAACAUUAGAUCAUGUUACUGCUGCAAUGAAUAAUCUUGGUCAUCAUCAUCAUAAUCAUCCAUUACAAUUUGAUCAAUCAUCAAUAUUAACAAAUUUACCACAUAAUAUGAGUAAACAAGAUGUGAUACGUUCAACUGAUUUUAAUUAUAUUAUGGUACUUGGAAAAGGUUCAUUUGGUAAAGUAAUGUUAGCCGAACGUAAAGGAACUGAUGAAUUAUAUGCAGUAAAAAUAUUAAAAAAAGAUAUUAUCAUACAGGAUGAUGAUGUUGAAUGUGCAAUGGUUGAAAAACGUGUUUUAGCAUUAGCAGAUAAACCACCAUUUCUUGUACAAUUACAUUCUUGUUUUCAAACAAUGGAUCGUCUUUAUUUUGUUAUGGAAUAUGUUAAUGGUGGUGAUCUAAUGUUUCAAAUACAACAAUGUGGUAAAUUUAAGGAACCAAUUGCCGUAUUUUAUGCUGCCGAAAUUGCUAUUGGUUUAUUUUUUUUACAUUCAAGAGGUAUUGUUUAUCGUGAUCUUAAACUAGAUAAUGUUUUAUUAGAUCAAGAUGGUCAUAUAAAAAUUGCCGAUUUUGGUAUGUGUAAAGAAAAUAUAUUUGGUGAUAAACGUACAAAAACAUUCUGUGGUACACCGGAUUAUAUAGCACCGGAAAUUAUACUUUAUCAACCAUAUGGUAAAUCGGUGGAUUGGUGGGCAUAUGGUGUAUUAUUAUAUGAAAUGCUUGUUGGACAACCACCAUUCGAUGGUGAAGAUGAAGAAGAAUUAUUUGCUGCAAUUACUGAUCAUAGUGUUUCAUAUCCAAAAUCAUUAUCCAAAGAAGCAAAAGAUAUAUGUCGUGCAUUGUUAGUAAAAAAUCCGGAUAAACGUCUUGGUUGUUCAUUGGAAACCGGUGAAGAAGAUGUACGUUCACAUCCAUUUUUUCGUCGUAUUGAUUGGGAUAAAAUUGCUAAACGUGAAGUACAACCACCAUUUAAACCUAAAAUAAAACAUCGUAAAGAUGUUAGUAAUUUUGAUAAACAAUUUACAUCUGAACGUACCGAUCUAACACCAACUGAUCGUCUAUUUAUGAUGAAUUUAGAUCAAACAGAAUUUCUUGGUUUCAGUUAUCUUAAUCCGGAAUUUAUUCAACAUGUAUAAAUUUGUUACAAUUGUGUUUGUAUCUUUUCGAUAGAGGUUAUCAGUCAAAUGAUAAUAUCCAGCCAGCCAAACAAAAUUUUGGAAAAAUGAAAAUAAAGUUUUGGCUGAAUAAAAAUGUUGAUACAUUCGUACUGACGAAAUUGGAAUCUGCUGAAAUUGAAAAAAAAAGAUUCAAGAACGGAACGAAACAAAAAAUAAUAACGGAAUUCAUUUGAAUUUAUAUUUUUCUCG